UCUAAAUGUGAGGCUUUCUUUUGUUCACAAGUUUUAAAGAGAGUUUCCAAGAGAUUUUCCUGAUCCUGCAUCCAUCAACACUGUUGUUGCAACUCAGGAUGUCUGAAGAGAGAUUUGAAAAGUCAUGACUUAAGGUGUAAACACUAUCUAAGGGCGUCCUGUUGUAGAAGACUGUCCAUCCCUGAGAAGGUGCUGAUAUGUUGACAGCUGUAACAAAAGUCCUGAGCCUCAUCACAGGACUCCACACGGAGUCAGAGGACUCAUCAGAGUCGGAGACAGAAUCCUCCGUGUCAGAUGACACCGAUACUCUUGAGUCUUCCAACGUGGGAAAGUCAGCCACACAUGACAGAGAGGAAGUUUCCUUAGAAUGGAACUUCUCUGGCAUCGUGACACAGUUCUCGCACAACUACGGACUGGUCGACGACACAGUUUACUUCAGCAGGGGCGUAGUUCAAGGGUCGGAGGUCAAAUUGGGCUCACCAGUACAGGUAACGGCAAAGCGUAGCGGUCCGACUGCGGGAUGGUGUGCAGAAGUCAUCAUGUUGAUCACACCAGGAGGCUGGGAGGAGGAUGAGUCUGGGAUGACAGGUCACACUGUUGGGAUGGUGACAGACGUCACACAGAACACUGUAGUGAUUGACUAUGUACGCACAGUGAACAUGGAUUGUGCAGUAGCUGGGUACAGGCCGUGUAAGGGGGACUGGGUCAAAGCAGAGACUUCAGAAGGUGGAACAGUCCAGGUGGAGCCUUUAAGGUCACAACUUCUCACAGGCCGUGUGAGCCAGGUGAGAGGAGAGACAGGUGUGGUGGACGGUGAGGUGCUGUUCUGGCCCCAGGUGUGUGUGGAUGGGUACAUCCCCUCCAGAGGAGACUGGGUGGAGGUGACAGCCAUGGAGAGCACACAGGGACACUAUAGCUGGAGGGCCACCAGUGUUACCCCACUCAAGAGGCCUCCCAGAGACAGAUUUCCAAACAAACUGAAGUCUUGGCAGACCCAGAAAGUACAGGAUGGUUGGGUGGUACCAGGACAGAGUCCUUUCAGAAGAAAACCUGUCAGAUUUCCCGUGCACCUGCCCCAGUACCCUGUACCAGACAUGCUGAGAGACUGUGUGUUUGAAGGCAGGGAUGUCAAAAAGAUCAUGCCUGUACUAUGCAAGCCCCUGACCAUGACAGACUACGCUCGGUACUGGUCCUGUCUGCUACAUCUGGAGGAGCUACAGAUGGAGAUUGACAUCCACGAGUUUGACAUGAUCAAUGAGUCUUUACAGCCGUGUGGUGAGUACCUGUCCCUGACUGUACCCGGGUUAGCAGAGGGUCGUCCCUCUGUACUGAUCGGAGACAAGGUGGUUCUCACUUCCCCAGGGGCAGGGGACUGUUCCCCUAGCUAUGAGGGCUAUGUGCACGAGGUUUUAAGGGAGGAAGUACUGCUAAAGUUCCACCAGGACUUCCACAGUAGCUAUAAUGGAGAACCCUACAAUGUCUUCUUUAUGUUCAACAGGUCCACGCUGAGGCGCUGUCACCAGGCUGUCAACUUUGCCCACAACCUGGGGAGUCAGGUGCUGUUUCCAUCCCAACCCACCCUCAGUCCUCCACUGGUUAACUGUGACCUGGUUAGCAACAACACACAGCUGCCAGCUGGGAAGAGGAACCAUUCAGGUGCCCAGCCCAGUAAGGGAGGCAGGUCACUUGGUGCCCCCCUCCCACUGUUUAACUCCAGACUGAACCGGCAGCAGCGAGCGGCCGUCACCAGGAUCCUGCGAGCCGAGGCACGCCCUGCACCGUACGUCCUCUUUGGACCUCCUGGCACAGGGAAGACAGUGACACUUGUAGAGGCCAUCCUGCAGGUGUUCCACACCCUGCCUUACAGCCGCAUCAUAGCCUGUACUCCUUCUAACAGUGCAGCAGAUCUGCUGGCAGAGAGACUCCACAGCAGUGGGAAGGUAAAGCAGGCAGACAUGGUCAGGCUGAAUGCCUUCCAGAGAGUACAGGAGAUACCAGAGUCUAUCGAGCGGUACUGUAUGGACGGAGACCAGCUGGAGCAGGUGUCCCGCAGGCGCAUCAUCGUGGCCACCUGCUCCACCGCAGGCCUGCUGUACUCGCUUGGUCUGUGCUCGGGACACUUCACACACGUGUUUGUGGAUGAGGCUGGCCAAGCUACAGAACCUGAGUGCCUGAUCCCAGUGGGUCUUUGUGCAGGGGUGCAAUCUCAGGUUGUUCUGUCAGGAGACCCCAUGCAACUGGGCCCAGUACUGCAGUCCCACCUUGCCAAGGACCUUGGGCUGGGGCAGUCCCUGCUGGAGAGGCUGAUGACCAGUGGUCCCUACCUCAGGGACAGCAACAGGUUCUCCCAGCAUGGAGCCUACAACCCGAUGCUGGUGACAAAGUUGGUGUGUAACUACCGCUCCCACCCCGCGCUCCUGAAGCUGCCAUCUGAGCUGUUCUAUCACGGCGACCUCUUGACCCUCGCCGACCCCUCGCUGACCCGACAACUGGAGGACUGGGAGGGACUGCCCUGUAAGGGCUGCCCAAUCAUCUUCCAUGGAACGGAGGGGGAAGACAUGCGGGAGGGCAGCAGUCCAUCCUGGUUCAACCCCGUGGAGGCAGUACAGGUCCUGCGCUACACACAGCUGCUGAUAGGGGGCAGUGUCAAACAGUCAGAUGUUGGAAUUAUCACUCCUUACAGAAAACAGGUGGAGAAGCUACGACUGCUGCUGGGGUCAGUCGGACUGGACGAGGUCAAGGUCGGGUCAGUGGAGGAGUUCCAGGGACAGGAGAGGCUCAUCAUCAUCAUCUCAACUGUUCGCUCGACCACCAACAUGGUGAAAUUCGACACCCAGCACACCCUGGGCUUCCUCAGUAACCCCAAACGGUUCAACGUGUCCAUCACCCGAGCACAGGCCCUGCUGAUCAUGGUGGGAAACCCCCACGUGUUAGGACAGGACCAAUAUUGGUUGUCCCAUCUACAGUACUGUGUUGACAAGGGUGCGUACACUGGCUGCUCACUUCCCUCAACUGUGAAAGUGAAGAGAGACACUAGUUGUGGUACAUGUGAUGUCCAGCACACAGGAUCAAAUUCUUCACUCCCUACAACAAACAGUCCUCCUUCAGACCAGCUGGACAAGCCAGAUUCACAACUGACAGAACCACUGGCUCCUCAAUCCAUUUCAAAUACAAGGAUAUCACGUCUUGAUAGAGAUGUAGAUGAGUGCAAUCUCAACGUGAGCAACCAAGAUGUGGGCACCCCAGAAAGGGGGCCAAGAGAAGACAACAAUGUUGCUCACAGUGAAGAAAAGAUGGAACCAACCUUAGGUGGACAGAGUGGAUGGAAAGGGAGGGUUAAGGGAAAUACUUUUCAACAACCACCAACAGUCAUUUUAAUAGAAAAUCAGGUCAAAGAGAAAAGCAAGGAUGCGAACAGUGUGAACCAUACCAACAUGGACUCUGCUGUAGCAGGUGUCAAAAAUGAAGAUCACUUUGGAAGCAAUAUCAAACAAGCAGAGGUUAGGAAGAAAGAGGACAGCGGCAGUGGUUGCUCAGUACCAGAACUUCCAAGCACAGCCAUUCAGAAUAGCAGCAAUGUGCAGGCUUUACCGAAUGGCAGGGAACCAAUGAUGCAAAACAAUUGCUCCCCAGAUUCCAGACUACAGGAUGUUCAGAACAUGACACAGGAAAAGAAUGGAGACAUGAGAUAUGCAGAUAUAGCGAACUGUCAAGUUAUACGUGACAAAUCUGGGGAUGUAUGUGACUACAGUAGUAUGCCAUCGUUGAGUGAUGGGGAGAGUGACCAACAUGACAGUGAUGUGAUCGUGGAGAGUAGUUAUGAGGAAACCGGGGAUGAAAUGUGAUGAUUAGCUGCACAUAAAGGCACAGAUACAAUGAUCAUUGUAUUAACAGUCUUCUCACUGAAGUCACUGUGGGACUUCUCACUCACCAUAUCUGUAUCACCAUUAGCAGGGAAAAGGUUAAGAUUUAAACCUUCUCUUUACCAUCAUCAUUUUAACAAGUAUUUCUAAUACAUUCCACAAAUUUGUUGCCCAUCUUGUCAAAGGUACUAUCAUCACCUUUAUCUUACACAAGGAACUUCCUUAAUACUAGUUUUCAAACUCUAAGCAUUAUGAGAGGACAUUUUCGAAACCUUUGUUUCACUCUGACAUUCUUACUAAUAGAUCUGUUAUCUAAAGGUACAUUGUAGACAACUUUAUGACACACUGCAUAGUUAUAGGUUAGAGCAUCACAAAGAGUUAUUUUGUUGUAUCAAGGUCCUUCACCUUUUAACAGAAGUUCAGCAGAAGAUUUGUUUCCCCAUGAAAGUUGAACCCAUUUGUAGCCUUGUUUAGUCAUGUCUCACUGUUAUUUUGUUUGUUAACUGUUAUAAUCAGAUUUUGUUGGUUGUACACUAAAAGUUAUUUUAGCAGUCUUCAUGUUUUCUCUCUCAAAAUAAUAAACCUCUUUACAGGA